AUGGAGCCGUCAUCGGCUUUUGCCAACUACCCAGAAGCCAUAGAGGGCCCGGAGACCGCAUACCUUGCUCCUCCGGCGGAGAAUCCCGUCUUUCGAGGGUACGCUCUCGUCGCUGCCAGUGCUCUAGUGUCGCGAUCAGGGUUUCUCCAGAAACUCCUCUGGAAUAAUGCCGGAUUCGGAAAGAUUAGGGACUUGCCGGUGUUGCACGACAUUCCCUCCACCUUUGAUCCAUGUGUUACUCCUCUCGGCCAGAAUGGCCCGAUGGUGGACUUUGAGCCAGCCAUGCUAGCUGCCAGUCACGUCGACCCCAAAGCCAAGCACUACUCCGUCAAGGACUAUCACGCACUCUACCAACGUGGAGACGCCACACCGCUCCAGGUCAUCAAGGCCCUUCUUCCGCUCACCAAGCCAGGCGAGGCCGAGAAAGGCGAGUACGAGGAUGCUUGGGCGGAUAACCACGGCAACGACGAGUUGGUCUUGCAGGCUGCCAGAGCUUCGACGGCGCGGUGGGCCAGUGGAAAGCCUCUCGGCCUCCUGGACGGCGUGCCGAUCGGGGUCAAGGACGAUGUUGACGUCGAGGGCUACGUCAAUCACAACGGUAUGAAGUACAACGCAGACUCUCCCUUUUUCAAGAGGCAGGACAAGUCGGCCUGGUGUGUCAAGAUGCUCCAGGACGCUGGAGCCGUGGUUCUCGGCAAGAACCGCAUGCACGAGCUCGGAUCAGACACCUGCGGCUUAAAUGUCGCGCAAGGCACGCCCACAAACCAAAUGAACCGUGAAUACUACCCCGGCGGCUCCUCGUCCGGUCCUGCGUCAGCCGUGUGCGCCGGCAUCGUCCCCAUCACCGUCGCCACGGACGCCGGGGGCAGCAUCCGCAUCCCCGCCAGCUUCAACGGCGUCUACGGCCUCAAGCCGUCCCAUCACCGCACCGGCUACAUGGGCAGCUCCAUGUGCGUCACGGGGCCCGUGGCGGCCAACGCCGCCGACCUGACGAUUGCCUACCGCGUCAUGUCGCAGCCCAACCCCGAGGACGGGGUCCAGAGGGCGUUUGCGCGCUCGGUGCCUCCCGGCCCCUCCGCCAAGCGCGUGAUGGGCGUCUACCGCGAGUGGUGGGAUGCCGCCGACGCUCAGGUGGCCGCCCUUUGCGGCAACGCCCUGGACCACUUUGCCAAGGAGCGCGGCUACCAGGUCGUCGACAUCUCCCUCCCCCACGUGGCCGACGCCCAGCUCUCUCACGGCGUCAUCUGCCUCACCGAGAUGGCAGAGGCUGCUCGGCGCAGGACCGUCGACCCUGCGAACUGGCUCUCCCUCGUGGGACACGCCAACCGGCUCGUCAUGUCGGUGGGCACGCAAACGCCAGCCGCCGACUUCCUCAAGGUCAACAGCAUGCGCACGCUGCUGAUGCGCCACCUCGCCUUUCUGUUCCGCAAACACCCGGGGCUGCUCAUCAUGUCGCCCACCAGCCCCCUGGCCGGAUGGCCCAAGGCUCCUGGCGACGAGGCGCGCGGCAUGAGCGACGCCAACGCGAGCAUCAGGAACAUGAUGUACAUUUUCCUGGCCAACAUGACAGGGACCCCGUCGGUGUCCGUGCCUGUCGGAUACGCGACUCCGAAGCGCGGACAGGGCACAGUUCCGGUCGGACUGCUGGCGACCGGGGAAUGGGGAAGCGAGGAGCAGCUCCUGGCUUUCGCCGGCGAGGCAGAAGAGUAUCUGCACACGAGAUACGAGGAGGGUCGCCGCCGGCCUGAUGCGUGGCUCGACGUCAUGGCCCUGGUCAGAGGCGACGGAGCCCAAGGCGGCGGACCUGAAGACCAGUGA